AUGGAGGCAUAUGGAGCAUGUAUGUAUAUACGAUGUCUAGAUAACACUAGUAAAUGGCACUCUCGUUUUUUAUUCUCGAAAUCAAGAGUGGCUCCAUUGAAGGGAGCUACUGUCCCACGACUUAAGUUAAGUGGAGCGCUUCUUUUAGCACAACUAGAGACAAAGGUAGCAGAUUCAUGGGGCAUAGACAGUGCAACCAUUUACUUAUGGACUGAUUCGACGAUAGUUUCAGGUUCGCUUAAUAGUCACUCCUCAAGACUAAAAACAUUUGUAGCGAAUCGAGUGAAUCAAAUAUUAGAACUAACAGAAGUAAAUCAAUGGCGACAUGUACGUACCCAUGACAACCCUGCCGAUAACAUAUCUCGAGGUAUAAGUCCGGCAGAAUUGAUCAGAGCAGACAUCUGGUGGAGCGGACCCAAAUGGUUGGAGGAAGAUAAUGCAAGUUGGCAAAUUCAACCCACGUUAAUGAACGAUGUAGAAGAGCUACCUGAAAUUCACAAGAUGAAGCUGGCGUUAAUAACAACCAAUCCAGUGACUCAUAUGAUCAACCAAUAUUCGGAAUGGAACCGGAUGCUUCGAGGAAUCGCCUGGUUAAGAAGGUAUACAAGGUACAUCAAAGAAGAUAAAGGUUUCAGAGAGCCAGGGCCGCUCCAGAUAUCAGACCUGAGAGAGGCUAAGUUAACGGUUUUAAGAAUAGUUCAACAAGAAGUGUUUCGUAAAGAGUUCAUAGCACUGGAAAAGGGACAAGAAGUUCCAAAAAAUAGUAAGUUGCGGUGCUUGAAUCCAUUUAUAAAAAAUGGAUUGAUAUUAGUGGGCAGAAGAUUGCAAAACUCAAACAUCAAUGAAAACCGCAAACAUCCCAUCGUUCUUCCUUCAUUUCACAAGAUCACAGUUAUGAUUUUUGAAUCCUAUCAUCGCGAGCUUCUUCACAUUGGCCCUCAAACAUUGUUAUCUGAAGUGAGACGUCAAUAUUGGCCUUUACUGGGUAGAGCAAAUGUACGAGUAGUAGUACGACGAUGUAUCAAGUGCAUAAGAGCUUGUCCGCGAUUUGAUCAACCACUCAUGGCAGUUCUUCCGAAGGAUCGUCUUCAAUGUGCGAGGCCGUUCACAAUCACGGGUGUUGACUUUGCUGGGCCCUUUUACGUACGUAGCGGUUUAAGACGAGUACCCGCAAAAAAGGCGUGGAUUCCCAUAUUCGUUUGUUUUUCUACAAAGGCUAUGCAUUUGGAACUGGCUGAAGUUUUCUCUGCUUCUCCAUUUCUAGCUGUUCUGCGCUGUUUCAUGGCCCGACGAGGAAAAUGUGCCAAAAUCUACAGUGACAAUGGCACAAAUUUUGUGGGAACUCAAAGGGAACUCGUAUCAAUGAUGAGAAGAGCUAGUGAUCAAGUUGCAAAGGAAGGUAUCGAAUGGCACUUCAAUCCUCCCUCAGCGCCACAUUUUUGA